AUGCUACUAUCCACCAAUGAAAAAGAAUACGAAACUUUGCCUUUUUCUACUAAACAACAACCUAAGCGAGCCUUAGUAGCCAAAAAUAAUGGUUAUUGGUUUUACGAAAAAAUUAUCCAGCAAGCUCAACCAUAUUUAACUAAAAAUUUUCUCUUGAUUAUGGAAAUUGGCUAUCAACAACAAGACAAAGUUAUAAAAUUAAUAAUAAAACAUUUUUUUUCCGCCAAAGUUGCUAUUUUUCCCGAUUACGGAGGUCAUUCCCGAGUAAUAGCAAUUUAUAAGUAUAAUUCGCCUUCACCGGCAUUAGAUAGUAUUAAGCAAGAUUAUUCCUUAUUUCAAGAGUAUAUUAAUCGCAACAAAACUUUUUUUACCAGUCGGAGUGGAAACACUUUAAUUAUUCCUCGACCAGAAAAAAAUGAAAACGGGCAAGAACUAGAUUAUAAAAACUUAACUAGUUUUAUCCAAAAUCUUCCGAAAGUUAGCAUUCCUUAUUUACACGUGAGAAUUGAUAGUAAACCCAUUUAUUAUUCGUAUGAAAAAUAUAAAGAGUUCACGGAAAACCAACCAAACCAACCAAAGCAUCACCCGCCUAAGGCUUUGAGUGAGAAACCUAAUAAGGAUAAGCAUGAAAAUAAUGCUAAUAAUAAGCUUAACCGCCAAAAAGAAAAAAUUCUCUGCAAUUUAGAUAAAAUAACUUUUGACCGAGCCGGACAUUUAGCCAAUGCUGAACUGCUGAAAGGAGCUGAUAUGAGCCUAGCCGAACAAGAGAAAGCCGGAGCUUAUCAAAUAAAAAUAGAGGGCGAAGAAAUAAAUUUACGGGAAUUCGAACGCCUAGAACAAGAAAAAAAUUACUUGGAAAUUAGAAAAAAAUUUGUGGAUAACCUUAAAAAAAAUAUCUCUGAUUGA